AUGAUGGCCCAACCAAGCUCUUUCCCCGGCGUGGCCUCCUUCGAGGGGCUUCGGGCUUGGGUCGAUGACCCUACAACAAUCCCAGUGCCGGCCCCCUAUUUCCUAGCCGCGGCCUUUGCGCUGGCGGCUAUAUUCUUGUUUCUGGGGCAAAAGUCGGCCAGCAACAUCCCCCACCUCAACCCCCGGAAGCUGCUCGAGGUCACAGACAUUCGCUCCAAGAAGGAAUUCCUGUUCGGUUCACGUUCCAUGCUGAGCGAUUGGUUCCGUGACCAUCCCGACAAACCGGCGCGAGUCAUUGGCGACGCCGGCGAGGUGACGAUCCUGCCGCCGCAUCUAACCAACGAGAUUCGCAACGACCCCCGCCUCAGCUUCUCGCGGUGGGUCUUCAAGGUGCGCCCCGAUCCUGCUCUUGUCAGAAGCGGCUUCCGUGAGGGUAGCCGGGAGUCUCAUAUUGUUCAGGAUGUCAUCGUGAAAGACCUUACCAAGUAUCUGAACAAGGUGACCGAGCCUCUCGCCGAAGAAACCACGCUGGCCGUGGAGGAACAGUAUCCCGCUAGUAAUGGUCAAGCACCGCUGCGAGAGACCCUCCUCCGUGUUGUCUCCCGGGUCUCCUCCCGCGUGUUCCUCGGCGAAGAGCUUUGCCGGAACCAAGACUGGCUUCGUGUCACUCGCGAGUACACGGUGGACGGCUUCCGGGCGGCGGAUGAACUGCGGCUAUGGCCUGCCCCCCUGAGAUAUCUGGUCCACUGGUUCAUGCCCUCCUGCGCCCGUGCCAGGGCCGAUGUCCGGGAGGCCCGCCGUGUGCUGAAUGGAGUGAUCAGCAAGAGGCGGGCGCGAAAGCAGCGUGGGGAGAAGGUUGAGUUUGAUGAUGCGAUUGAAUGGUUCGAGCGUGAGGCUAAGGGAAGGGCCUACGACCCAGUCGUGGUGCAACUGACCCUUUCGUUCGCCGCCAUCCACACCACGACUGAUCUCAUUACCCAAGUCAUGACGGACCUGUGCCGGAACCCCGAGAUUAUUGACGAACUACGGCAAGAAAUGGUCCAGGCCCUCUCCGAAGGCGGAUGGAAGAAGACCUCACUGUACAACAUGAAGCUCCUCGACAGCGUCAUCAAAGAAAGUCUACGAAUCAAGCCAACCGGUAUCGUCUCCCUCCGCCGGAUGACCUCCGAACCCAUGCACUUCUCCGACGGCACCUUCGUCCCCGCCAACGCCACCAUCGCCGUCACCGCCCAAAACAUGUGGAACCCGACCAUCUACCCAAACCCACAACAAUGGGACGGUCGCCGCUUCCUGCGCAUGCGUGAAACGGCAGGACAAGAAAACGCAGCACAGCUGGUGACGACCAGCCCGGAGCACCUGGGCUUCGGACACGGCAAGCACGCCUGUCCCGGCCGCUUCUUUGCGUCCAACGAGGCCAAGGUCGUUCUGGUCCACCUGCUGCUGAAGUAUGACUGGCGCCUGCCCGAGGGGGCGCCGACGCCGCGGGUGCUGCACUAUGCGUUUAGUUUGCGCGCGGACCCGACGGUCAGGUUGGAGUAUCGUCGCCGGACGCCCGAGAUUGAGAUUUGA